AUGAAUGAUAAAGUAGAUAAAAUGGAAGAACGAUAUAGUAUGGCCAAAUUGGAAAAUAGACUGAAAACGUUUCAAGACGGCGUUAUGCUUCAAAAAAAAAAGCUAAAAUGGAGUUUCAAAGUCAUUCCGUACCAAGCAAUGGCCAAGCUUGGAUUUUACUUUGAUCCAGUGAUAGAUCCUAUGACCUCUAAAUUGAAAAAAGACUCUGUAAGAUGUUGUUAUUGUCAUCGUCGAACAUAUAGUGUAAGAGAUUGCAGAUCCAAGAAAAAAAAUGUUCUUGAAACGCUAAGCAAUAUAAUGAUGAAACAUCUGACUGAUCCAGACAAUAAUCAGGUGUGUCUUCUGAUCUACUUGCGAAAUAAGUUGUUAACGGACUACAGCUUUCACAUGGGUGUUUCGGACUGGAAAAAUGACAAAUAUUUCAGCAACCCAGACAAUGAGAACGUAUUACACUUAAGGAGAUUUACUUUUGAAAAUAACUGGCCCCAUGGGAUCUCUCAAAACGAGUGCCAACUGAAUGUGGAAAGCAUGGUCAAUGCAGGACUUAUACGCUAUGAUUCCAGUAUAGACGGCCUAAACGACCCGAACGUGGAUAAAGCACUCAUGAAUGACUCUUGCUACUGUAUUUAUUGCAAGCAAUCCUUACAAGGUUGGUCAUUACAUGAUGAUCCGGUAAGGCGACAUUAUGAGAUUUCCCAAAGUGGUAAUUGUUAUUUUUUUCAAACACGUAAUCGAUUUGAAAAUAUGAGGAACACUAAGGGCAGUAGCAAUGAUGCUUCGAAUAUUAUCAGCCGAAAUGGUGAGGUCAGUACCACAUCAGACGAAGAGGAAAAAGAAGAAGUGAUUGCAGUGAAAAGCACUUCUCAGAGCCAGAAUUUUGUACUCAAUUCAUCUUCUUCUAGUACUGAUCCUCAAAGUAAUGAUGGUAACCAAUCGAAUAAUUCCGUUAUUCAACAUAGGAUGAGUACACUGAAUGGAAAAGAGGAUGAUGCAAAAGAGAAGGAGCAAAUCAAUUUAGAGAAUGAGAACGCAACUUUGGAAGGACACACGAGAUGUCAUGACAUUUCUGUAGAUGAAAGGGACGUUAUUUUGACACCAAAUGUAAAAGAAGACAAGUGUCCGAAUCUUCAGGGCAUGCAACUAUCAUCUCCUAUAAGGAAAAGAAGAAAGCUCAAAAGAAUAUCGCCCAGAAAGAUCUUUGAUGAAGAUGAUAGCGAAAACUCUGUUAAGAAUACUACCGUUGGUACAGAUGACAAAGAUAAGGAUUUGAUAAUUGAUUUUACGGGUCAUAUCAAUAAAACUAGAGAUGUGGGAAGAAAAAAUGCUAUUUUGGAUGAUAGUGCAGAUGAAUUCAGUUUCAGUAACCAAGGUCAUAGUACCUUUGACAUACCCAUACCGACUUCAUCUCAUUUAUUCAGAGAUAUAAGCUCAGAUAAUAAUAAUGGCACACAGGAAGACAAUACUGACGCAAACGUCGACGUAAAAGAGGCGGAUCUUAAAGAAAAAGAGUACUCCGUCAACACUGCGGAAAAUGAAGUUGUUGGCGAUACGAAACUCAUAGGUGGAGACAGCAAUACUAAUAUUCUCAAAAGAACACAAGUUAAAGACCGGAAUCCAAGUGGCGUCAAUACCGAUAAAGGUUCUUUCAACAGAACUCAUGAUUUGUCAGAAACGCCUGAUUUGAACAAGAACAAUGUUGAGAAGGCGGAAGCACACAUCCGAGAUUCUCAAUAUAAAAGCGAUACAACUGUACCAGUACGGCGAGCUUGGGAUACAACUCAUUCUGAUGAAUUGAAUAGUGAAACCAAUGAUAAUACUACUCAUACAUCAAGGGAAGAAGUGAAUAUACCUAAUUUCGAAACAUCUGAUGUACGUAUGGCCAAAAAAGAUAUCAUAGAUGUUGUUCCUAAAGCAGUAAAAGAAUUGGCGGAACUACAUAGCUUACCAUCGAAUGAGCAAACGAUACAGAGGAAACUAGAUAAUAUUAAUAUAGAUCUAAGUUUGUCAGCAUCAGAUUUCUCAUCUUCAUCCAAUUCAGAGCGAUCAUCGAAGAAUUCAAGUGCUAUCUCAACACCGGUAGCAAGUCCAAAAAUAAAUCUCACACGCAGCUUGCAUACGGACGAAGAGUUUUCUGGAUUCAGCGGAAACCCAGCCAAUAAUGAGGAUUUUACGAAUAAGCGGGAAACUAUCAAAACAGUUGAAUAUCCAUGUGUUAAGAAUGAAAUUUCGAGUAAUGAAUUGCCAAUUUUUGAGACUGGGACACCGAUUGCAUCUCAAGAAAACGAGUCGAGAAAGUUGUUUGAUGACGAUUUUUUUGGGAAGGGACUGGACCCACCUUUUGAUUCAUCAACUGUAGAAAUCAACAAGGCACCCAAGUCUGGUUCUGCAUUGAUUCCAUCAGCCGUAGGCAGUUCGACUUCUGAUACAAAUUUACUUCCGGAGUAUUCGCUCUUAGAAAAGCAAGAGAAGGAAAUAAACUCAAACUCGGAUAAACGAACAGUAAGUUUUUUGAGUGAUGACAACAAAAAAUUAAGAGCAGAUCUUGGCGAAUGGUGUAAAAUUGAUGAAAAUAGGUUGCUUGUGAAGAAUUAUUUUCAUGAUUUAUUGAAAUAUAUAAACCUUAAUGACGCUACUUUGGCUAAUGACAAAGAUGGUGACCUCGCGUUUUUGAUCAAGCAAAUGCCCAAUGAAGAGUUGGACAUGACAUUUAUCGCCUGGGUGAACAUGAAGGUGCAAUCUAUAAAACGCGAAUUCGUAGGUGAUUGUGAUAAGAAGUUGGGCAUCUUGAGAAAUGACUUCGAUACUGCUACUAAUUACAUUGAAACUCUGGAAGAUGACGACGAACUGAUUGAGAUUGCUAAGAAAAUGGGCAUUUUUUAG